UGAUGAUUCGGCAAAACCACAAGCAGGACGCGCUGCCAUCAGCUGGCAUGAUCAAUCCAGAUGAUCCGCUCUUGUUGACUUGCCGGGCCAAAGCCGCAAUGAUCCAUCCAGGAAGCCCCAGUGUCCGUCCGCUCUCCAAAAACAACAGACUCUCACUCACACCUGGCCUCCAUCUGUCAGCAGCACCUGCCCAAAACGUUUCAGUUCCACUAAAGCCAUCUUCAUCAUCCUCCUGCGCUUCCUCGGCUGCUCUGCCUGAAGCAGAGGAGGGUCUGGAGAGUCAGCGAGAGGCUGAGAACUUCCCCCCAAGGCGUCCACUGAAACUGGCGCCCCUGGAGCUCCCCCUGGAGGUGAAGGAGGCUCAGCGGAAGAAGAUGCACAGCGUUCAGCAGGAGGCCAAGGUUUCUACGCGCAAGCUGGAGGCAGCGGGGGCUGAGCCGUGUCAGCCGCGCCCCAGGAAAGUGAAGGCCUGUGGGACGGACAGAGUGGCAAAGUCUCCUGCACGACCACCACUGACCACCAUCGUGAAUCCUUACAAGCUCCAACAAAAAGCAGGCAGAUCACUUCUUCCUGUCAAUCAGCUCCAGCUGGGUGAUGAUGAUAGGUCGGUUGGGAAGGAGACGGGUCAUAAGGAGAGAAAUCCUGUUCCUCCAGCCAAAUAUGCUCAUGUAUCUCCUGCUGGACAAUCCAGUCAUGCAGACCAGAAAACUGGCCAAUCAGCUUGUUCCGAACAGACCUGUGGCCAAUCAGCACUGCCUGUGGUCCAGGACACAGGCUGUAGAAGGCGUCCGAGGCUGCGGAGGGCCCCGAGGCUGGAGGAGGAUCAGAGUAAAUCUGGCUCCUCCACAGGAGGAUUAUGUGCUGAGGAGGGAAAGCCUGGCCUCGCCUGGACAGGCCCGGGGCAGAGGAGCACUGAGAAGGCCCUCAGAGAGGCCAGCAGAGUGCUGGAGAAUGCCUCUCGCCGGAAUCAGCCGGGAAUAAUGGCGAUGUCCAGGGUGGAGGAGCCGACAGCUGGGAAGUUCAGCAGGAGAGUGGCUGUGUAUGACAUCCAGGAUGCUGCGCUGUGACCAUUUAAACCAUUCGACCCUGAACUUCUUUUCCGAAAUGAAGGUAUUAAUAGGGAGUCUUUUCCCCCUUUGCUGCAGUAACAGCCUCUACUCUUCUGGAAAGGCUUUACACUAGAUAUUGGACCAUUGGUGUGAGGAUUUUAUAGAGCAUUAGUUGAGGUCAGGCACCGAUGUUAGAUGGUCCGUUCUGGACACUCCAACUCAUCCUAAUGGUAUUGGAUGGAGCUCAAUCACUCCAGAGAACACAGCUCCACAGCCCAAUGCUGGGGGGCUUUAGAUCCCUCUUGCUAACAGCUGGCAUUGGGCACGGUGACCUUAGGCUCAUAUACGGUUCCUUUGUAGUGUCCCAUUCUGUUAAUCAAUGCUUUUCUAUUGAGAAUCAAGUUCUUCUUUCUACCUUUCACUCUCCAUUUCUUUGUUUUCAUAUUCUUUUUUGCUCUUUAACUUACUUCCUCCCAUGACUCUGAGGGAGAA